AUGAUCCUAUCCUACCUUGACAACUACAAGGAUAUAGUCGCUCUCUCCGUGCAGGAUCGCCGACUGCGCAACCUCUGCGAUCUUACCACUUGUAGGAAAUACCGACGCAUCAGGAUCCGCGACGAUGAACACCUUAACCCGGCCUUUGACUUCCUUCUUUCUAUUUUGCGGAAUCCUAGGCUCGGGAGCUAUGUACGACAUUUGGAGGUUGACCGCCAGCCCAUGUGCGGAGAUAACUACGAAAAGACGGAAUGGCAAAGGAAUUUGGGCGACGGUGACCUGGAGAAGCUGAAACAGGCGAUCGAAGUUGCCCACUACACCGGCUAUGAUGACGACGUCAUUCUGAACAUGGUUAUGCAAUCGAAUCCUGAUAUAGUCCCUAUUUCCGAGGGUCUCCACAGGAAGCAGCACGUCAAGAUAGUGCGGGGAACUUACAUCGGUCAGGCCAUUGCAGUUCUCCUAAUGGCAGUCUGCCCUGAGCUGGAGUCGUUGGUUCUCGGUAUACCCUUUAGGAAUCCAGGUCAACGCAUGAACCCCGACAACCAUCCCGACAAUGCUGCCACUGGAGUAGCGUUUCCGCUCCACGAGUUUCUUCGUGCCGUCAACCAUCCCCAGGUGAAAUGGCCUCACCUACAGCAAGUCCGCACCGUCGAGUUCUUGGGUCGGCCCUAUCUUAGUAAGAAGUGGUACUCGAAGUGCGACUUCUAUGGGUGUGCCAAGGUGGUUCACGGAUUACCCAAACUUGAGCGUGUGAGUAUCGACGGCAUGACGGAGAUCUCAGACCAGUACCUUGCCGUUCGUCCAAAGCAGAGACAUCUCUCGGAACUGGAGUUUCAUCACUCAGAUUUGAGCACAAUUUUUUUAUCUCCACUGAUGACCUCGGUUCAUGGGCUGCGGAAAUUUACGUACACCAGCGGGCGCAUAAAAGGCAUUGGCCGUUUCCACCGCAAAGGAGAGCACACCCGUCACUUCAACGCAGCAACGUUCCUAAGAUGCCUCCUCCGCCAUAGACACACACUAGAAGUGUUAGAUCUGGAUUACGAUUACCAGUUUAGAAGAAAGAUUCACCUGUCGAUCGAAGAGUUUGUCUGGGAGCCGGGGAUCGAAGGCCCCAGGAAGCCGUACUCGCCGUCAUCGCGCAGAAAAGAAGCCGGCUCCCUUAAGGACUUCACAGCCCUUACCCGUCUCAGUAUUGGAGUCCUCUCACUCUUCUACUUUGCACAGGGUCUGUCGCGCGUUCCCAACCCGAACAUCUUCAAGAUUGACCUGGUGAAGGCGCUUCCUCCCAAUCUUCAGUACCUCACCAUCCGCGGGUACAAACCUGGGUUGAAUAAAUGGCAUGAUCAUAAAUUGGCGGACCUCGCUCGUGAUUUCGACGUCGACCACCCGUCGCUUCUCGAAGUACAGGGGAUCGAGACUCCCAUUCCCCAGGGUACCAUUCAAGCACGGAGCUGGCCCCAGGGACCUGAUCUUGAUUUUAAGCUUGACGACUGGUCAGACUAUGAUCAUUCCACUGGCGGUACGGCAGCCCGCAACUGUGGCAUUGGAUCUCCACCUGGACAAGCUUCAGAGAGAAUUGUAUCGAAGUACAAUGUCGUGCGCACAAGCCUGAUUGACAACGAGACCACACCGCUGCAGGUCGGCAAUGGGGAUUUUGCGUUUGGUGUUGAUAAUACGGGGAUGCAGACAUUCCUCCCGUUUAACACAUUGUCGAGCUGGGGAUGGCACAAUGACUCGCUUCCGACGAACGGAGAACAGCUGUCCGACUAUACCGGCGUCCCAAGGCUAACGCACGGCCGCAAUGUUUCAUACGACAUUCCCGACCCCGACCUUCCCGAGGUAUCGCAAUGGCUGAUUGGCAAUCCCAACCGAAUUAAUCUUGGGCGAAUCGGGCUCAGAUACAAGGAUGCUACAUUGUCCGCCGGUAAAGUCACGGAUCCCCGACAAGAACUGGAUUUAUGGAACGGGGUCAUUACUUCGACGUUCAAGGUUGACGGGGAAGACGUCAAAGUGGUCACGCAGGGUGACUUCGAAUCGGACGCCGUCGCAUUCAGCAUUGAGUCAGCCUUGAUUGAAUCGGGUGAUUUGAGCGUUGAGCUGGACUUUCCGUACCCGCCUAUUCACACAACAGAAUACAAGUACGAGGUCUUCGUUGGCGUAUACGACUUCCCCGAGAACCAUACUACGACGAUUGUCACCUCCGGUCGAGAAAGCAGCACAGCUCAUAUCUACCACGAGCUGCAAGAAACAAGCUACUUUGUGAACCUCCGCUGGCCAUCGUCGUCGCCUCUUCGCCUCACUCAACCGAGAAAUGCCACCGGCCUCGCUAAACACCGCUACACACUUAACCCGCGCUCCCAAAAAUCCUCCCUCUCCUUCACAGCCCUCUUCUCGCCCGCGCAAUCCACGCCCGCGCCCCCGGCAAAAAUCCGGCGCCGCAACAGUCUAGCCUGGAACAAAUACUGGAAAACCGGCGGAUUCAUGGACUUAACAUCCUCGCCGCACCCCAGCGCAAACGAACUCCAGCGCAGAAUUAUUCUGUCACAGUAUCACGUCCGCGUGAACAGCGCAGCAACCGGCCAGUCACCGCAAGAAAGCGGCCUGAUGAAUAACGGGUGGUACGGGAAGUUCCACAUGGAGAUGGUGGUGUGGCAUAACGCGCACUGGGUUACGUGGGGUAGGCAUGAGUACUUCGAUGCGAUAUUUCCGGCGCUGUACGAGACAUUGUUGCCGUCUAGUAUUGAGCGGGCAGCCAAGAUGGGGUGGGAGGGGGCGCGGUGGCCGAAGAUGACGGAGACGAAUACGGGCGUUUCUUCGCCCGGUGGGAUUAAUGGGCUUUUGUUGUGGCAGCAGCCUCACCCGAUGUACCUUGCGAGUCUCUCGUACAAGGCGUCUCCUACGCGGGAAGCACUGCGGAAAUGGGACCGCGUUAUUACAGCGACGGCGGAUUAUAUGGCAUCGUACGCGUGGUUUAAUGAGAGCUCGGGGCUGUAUGAUCUGGGACCGCCUUCUUACGGCGUCACGGAGAACACCCCGCCAUCCGAGACGCGCAACCUUGCCUACGAAAUAGCCUACUGGCGCUACGCCCUCGACACAGCCAUUUCCUUCAAAGAAGCCCUCGGCCACCCAAUCCCCCAACCCUGGUCCACCGUCGCAACGCAUCUCUCACCCCCGCCAAUAGUCUCCGAUCUAUACGCCGUCUACUCCGGCCUGAAUUCCUCCUGGUGGAGCGACUACAGUCUAACCGAUGACCCACGGAGCCUAAUCAUGCUCCAGGGGAUUCUACCGGAUACACCAGCCGUCGAUGAGAUCAUUGCAAAGAAGACAGCUGAUAAGGUGGAUGAAGUCUGGCGGGACGAGGAUAUCCGUGGUUGGGGGCGUGUUGUGCUGGCUAUUAAUUCUGCGCGAAUUGGAGAGAGGGAGCGCGCGGUUCGGCAUCUUACGAGUGAGAGGUGGGUUUUUGAUGAUGCGGGAUUCGCGGUUCGAGGGGGUGAUGGAGGAACACCCCCGCCCUUCAUGCCCGGAAACGCAGGGUAUCUCCUCGCCAUUGCGUAUAUGGCGGCCGGGUGGGAAGGAUCUGAGGGCCAUGCGCCUGGAUUUCCGGAUGAUGGGAGCUGGAUUGUUAGGCAUGAGGGGUUAUUGAAGGCACUCUGA